CUACCAACAGUGCCGAAGCUUUGUAUCAGAGGCCCGAUUACGCGUCAGAAUGACCGUCGACUGAAAACUAUCUACCCGGAACCAAUUCAAUUGAGCUAGCGCCUUAAUCCAUGACGCACUCAGCGAACGGUGUGGAAGGGCCGCUCAAGGUCUUCAGCUGGAGUGUCCCUGGGCGACCGGCACCCUCCUUCCCGCAGGGAGGAUUUGUUGCCAGCCCCACGCCGCUGACGUACGCAGCGGAGUCGCUGCGCGCCGUUGCUGAAAGCAAUGCCAACAGCAUUGUGCUGUACGCGAAGCAGAACCCGGACGUGCAGCGCCUGGUGAACAACUACGAGUCAUGGCAACAAUCCCAGCAGAACGAAGUGCGCCAGCGCCUAGGCUCCUUCAAGCCGCCUGAAACGCUGCUGUCGGGGCAGCAGCAGCUGCUCACGGAGGAUUGGGACCUACUGCGCCGCGUCAAGAACGCGGACUUGUCCCUAGCGACUGCUAUGAAGCGAAGCGCGUCCGACCCCUCGCUGGACUCGCCGACGCAUUGGAAGAGCGGUAAACACUGGACGUUCAACGUUGGCGACGACGACUCCUCCAGCGCUGCUUUUGACCAGUUCAGCCAGGCGAAGUCGAGCAAAGCAGACGGCGAUAUGGCGUCAGCCGCGCGCGCAUUCCCACGCGUCACAACAGCACCGUCUCUGCAGGAGCUGUCGGAGUCGUGGGCAGCGAAUGACUUGGUCGCGAAAAACCUGGAGGUGGUCGCGCAGGCCAUCAUCUCUCGGUCGCGCCUCGCCCUGCAGAACGCCCAGCAGAGCAUCCAGCAGACUGCGGCCAACUGCCAGCAGAACCUGCAGAUGCUCGGGACGGCGCUGCAGCAGAACCUGCCGGCCGGCGCGGCGCCCCCAUCGACGGGGCUGGCGGGCACAGGCGCGCUCGCGCUCGUGCCGUGGGCGGUGCACAACAACGGCCAACCGGCCACUGGCGCUCCGGCAGGCACCGACGGCAACGGCCACCCCGUGCCUGUCUUCCCGCCGGCCGCGGCCGCCUACGCCGCUCGCCAGGCCAUGCUCGCCGCGGCCGCUGCCGCAGCCGAGGCCGGCGCCCCGGGCGGCGCCGCGCCCGCCUCUGACGUGACUAUCGGCCCUUGGGCCAUCUUCCCGCGCUACCUGCGCGCACGGGAGGCGGAAGCGGAGGCCGCCGCCGGCGAGGGCGGCGACGGGUCCGGCAGCGGCGCCGCGGAGUGGUACGCGCCUUUCGAGAAGUACAUUGAGUCGCUGGAGAACAACAAGCGUCUGGCGCAGCUGCGCGGCUCCUCGCUGCGUGAGCCCGGGCGCCAGGUUGCUAUCGUGACCACCGCCAGUCUGCCCUGGCUGACGGGCACCGCCGUCAACCCGCUGCUGCGCGCGGCCUACCUCGCUAGCAGCGGCGGCGACCGCAAGGUGACGCUGGUGCUGCCGUGGCUGAGCCAAGCGGACCAGCAGCGCGUGUUCCCGGCGGACGUGAGCUUCAACACGCCGGAGGAGCAGGAGGAGUUUGUGCGGCAGUGGGCCCGCAACCGCACGGGGCUACCGUGCAACUUCAAGGUGGCGUUCUACCCGGGGCGAUACGCCGCGGAGAAGGGCAGCAUCCUGCCGGUUGGCGACAUCACCACUGUCAUCCCCGACCACGAAGCGGACGUGGCGGUUCUUGAGGAGCCGGAGCACCUCAACUGGUAUCACCACGGGCGGCGCUGGACGGACAAGUUCGCGCACGUUGUGGGCGUGAUGCACACCAACUACCUGGACUAUGCGCGGCGGGAGGAGGGCGGCCACGUGAAGGAGGCUAUCCUCAAGCACAUCAACGCCUGGAUGUGCCGCAUCUACUGCCACAAGGUCAUCAAGCUCAGUGACGCGGUGCAGCCGCUGCCGCGGCAGGAGACCAUGUUCGUGCACGGCGUGUCGCCGUCCUUCCUGCAGGUGGGUCAGACCAAGGCGCAACUGGCGGCGAGCGGUGAUAAGCCGUUCAGCAAGGACGCCUACUUCCUGGGCAAGGUGCUGUGGGCCAAGGGCUACACGGAGCUGCUGGACCGCCUCAAAGAGCACACGCAGCGCACCGGGCAGUCCAUAGCCGUGGACGUGUACGGCAGCGGGCCGGACCUCAAGGCUGUGGAGGAGGAGGCAUCACGGCGGAAUCUGCGGCUGGCCUUCCGCGGCGCCCGCGACCAUGCCGACAAGAGCCUGCAGGACUACAAGGUGUUUAUCAACCCCAGCCUGUCGGACGUGGUGGCGACCACCACCGCCGAGGCGCUGGCCAUGGGCAAGUUCGUACUGUGCGCGGACCACCCCUCCAACAGGUUCUUCGAGCAGUUCCCCAACUGCCUCAUCUACAGGACGCCGGACGAGUUCUCGCAGCAGCUGCACCGCGCGCUGUCCUCGGACCCCGCGCCGCUGUCCAGCCAGCAGCUGCACAGCCUGACCUGGGAGGCGGCCACGGAGCGCUUCCUGGACAUCGCCGAGCUGCGGCCCGGCUCCAUCAGCCCGCUGGACACGGCGCUGGACAACGUGCUGGCGGCGGCGCACCACGUGCUCACGGGCGUGGAGGGGCUGCGCGUGGCGGCGGGCGCAGGCGCCAAGACGCGCGAUGCACCGGCCCGCAUCACUGACUACAAGCCGUCCGACGACGACGUGGGUGGCUUCUUUGACGACAAGAACCGGGCCCUGCGCGCCGCCGCCGAGGCCAAGCAGCGCCAGCAACAGCAGGUGACUGUGGCGCAGGGCAAGGCAGCCGCCGCAACCGCGGCUGCCGCCUCCGCGGUGGCGGCCGCCGCCGCAGCAAAUGCGGCGAUGGCUGUGCCGCCGCCUGCGGCGGCGUCGCCGAUGCAGCAGAUAGCGGAGGCGGCGGCUGUCGUGGCUGCGGCGUCCACGCCAGCGGUUGUUGCUGCCAAGUAGAGGCAGCGGCGGCCGGGCCUGGUCCUUUGAUUGCCGCUAUGUGGGGCGUUGGUUCGAUGCAGCGAGCUGGCGUCGCGGUUGCCUCUGCUGCCCUCAUUGAGCAGCGUGACACGUUGCCGAGCCAAUUCUUGUUGUUAACGGUUUGUUCUACACAGUUGCGAUAGCAGGGAUGUCUGCGUGUAAUGUUGCUGGGGCAGUGCGUGAGCGCCGUCGCUGUGAAAUAAUGAUGCAUGCUGCGUAAUCCGUCUCGACUGACAGCAGCGUGUGUGCUGCGGCGUGUGUGGGCUAGCCACCAAUGGGUCUUGGUGGCAUGCGGCUUACGGCGCGGGCAUGUCUGUGGAAGUCGACUGUCGAAGAACAGUUGGCAUCGCCAGCAUCUCUGGACGUGUGACCAUGGGUAGUCGCGACGACGGUACUCAGAAUCCAAGACCAGUGGGCCACUGGUCAUUAGACGCCUGCAUGGCAUAGUCAUGGCCACCGCGGUUGCUUGCUACAGUCGCCAGUCCUGUGUAGUGUGUGGGCCUCCACACAUGCGUGUUAACGUAAUGGCGCCUGGUGCUCGUGGCGCCGUUGCAGGGCGUGUGGCCGAGGGGCGCGUCAUUUACUUUGAUCCUUUCGUGUGGUAACAUUAUGAGUACCGUAUUUGUACCUAAACCUCACAAGAUUCAAGAGAUGUUCGCGCAUGGCUGGCACGUGCAUGAUUGCUGGUUGGCAUUGCAGGAGCACACCGUUGCAGCGGUGCCUGUCGCGCCGGUGUCCUCCUGCGGUGUCUAUCUGCUCUCGGUGCUGCCACAUGCGCGUGCGGAAAGGGUGGCACAUGAGGAAAUAAGAGGAUAGGAUGUACGUAAUAAGGGCUGUGGUUGCGCUGCGCUACCCGGUUUGCGCGCUGGAGUAGCUCAGAAAAGUACGCGCGCACGUUGGCACACGGUAGUGUGAAGGAUGGUCAGGGGGCGCGAUGACUCCCGCUUCUGUACUGCCAUGCGGGCCGUGGGCUCAACCUCUGUAGUCGUGUGCUUCACAGUCCAUGUGCGUGUUUGCUUCUGCGGGGUGUUCUUAUGACUUGAGGCAUGCUCUUACAUGGGCGUGCGUGUGUGCGUUUAGUGCCCCUGACGUCGGAGAAGAAACACAGCGUGGCGGUGGUCGCAGCCCCGCCGUAAGAUAGCAGUGGGGGAGAACUCAGGACUAGAAUGUCUAAAUGUGUCGUUUUGUUCUUCAGGGGCUUUGCAAUGGUACAUGCUGGGUGUGUCUGAGUGUGUCUGUGAAUACACUUCCUUGCGUAGAGCGCAAUGCGCCAACUUUGCGCACGCAGUAACAGGCAGUUAGGCGAAGAUACGAUUGGUGAUGAUGACCCUUAUUGAGGCCAGGCGGUUGCAGGCCCUGACGAAGAAAGUUUGUGCAGUGUGGAGGCAUGCUGGCAGCAACAGUAGCGACCGCAGCAGUUGAUGGUAGGAAGACACGACAAGAAGUGGUGUGAGGUCGCCCCAUGAGGUCACCUGGUGUACAUUCCCCAGCCAUGUAACACUAUCUUGCU